AUGAAUGAUGAUAUAAACUCAUUUAUCACAUUUACAGAAAAGGAUGGAUUCGAUAAAGACGUAAGACUUCAAAGUGAUUUUUAUCCACGUAAUCACUACGGUGGAUUUUCAUUACUUGAUUUAUGUUGUUAUCGUGGCGCAAUUUCUUGUUUCAAUUAUUUAAGAACAAAAUUCAAUGCAAAAUUCGAUAAUGAUUGCCUUCGUCUUUCAUUUUUAGGUGGGAAUAUCGACAUUUUGAAUGAACUAUUGAAGGAUAAAAAACCAACAGGUCCAUACGAAAUAGAAGCAGCAAUUAUAUCACAUAACAUUGAUUUCAUCAAUAUGAAAUAUGAUUUUAAAGUGACAGCUCUCAAUUUUUUAUAA